CUCCUUCCUGUCCGAACAAGACAGAUUCCUGUAUCUGUGUAUUUUAAGUGACGGACAUAGAUUGCUUGGACAUAUUGUUUCCUGUUGAAUGAUUCUUAGGCAACCCAAACCUUGAUGGAAUGAUUUUGUGAUGAAUUUGAUCAAAGUUCAAAAUACUACACAUAUCGAAUGUAGUAUAUACAGAUCUAGAACGGAUUAUUUUGUCUUAUUCUGUUAACUACGUACUGCCUCUUCUGUGUGCUCUGUUUGAUGGAUCCUUAUUCCUUGUCUGUUCGGCCAGAGCUUCAAACCAAUUCCUAUUGUUUGCUUUUCUCUCACGGAAUUUGUUAUUGCAUGUUCUUCCAAUUGUCAUUGUAAAGAUAUUUUUUGCCUUCUAAUUACUGCAGUAAGUUUGACUUCCUUACUUGUGGAGAAAUCCUAAAGCUUCACCAGCUCUACCAUUUUGAUUUAGAAAAUGAGUAGGUGAAAUUAUGCAUAUGUCUAAUGUUUGUUUUUUGUGGACUGCUAUAUAUCUAAUCUUUAUUGUGCUUGUUGUUUUGUGUCUGCUAUGGAGGGAAGGCAAAGAGAAUUUUUCAUGAGUUGCCUCUUCAUUGUCAAAAGUUUCUAAUUGCUUGGAGUUAUAGCAUACUUGCUUGCAUGGGUUUGGCAUGCAAACAUGUUCUUCAUUUUUUGCUAGCAGUACCUGGGUUUGGCAUUUCUCAAAGUAAUGUUAUAAUCUUCUUGACCAACAUCAUUUUGCUGCUUGUAGCUAACAUAGUCCUUGGGUCUGGAUCGCUGAUUGGACGUUUUCUUCCUCUUUCUUCUAUCACUCAGAGUGGACAAAGCAAUAAUCUGAUACCAACUCUUAGUCCACUGCAGGAAGAAAGGCUUAGAAAUCUCCAGCAGAGGUUGGGAGUCCCAUUUGAUGGUUCUCGACUGGAGCAUCAAGAUGCUCUUAGACAGCUCUGGAAGUUGGCUUAUCCUAAUAGAGAACUCCCUUCACUAAAAUCAGAAUUAUGGAAGGAUAUGGGUUGGCAGGGUACUGAUCCUUCGACAGAUUUCAGGGGUGGAGGAUUUAUUUCACUGGAGAAUCUUAUCUUUUUCGCGAAGAAGUAUCCGGAGUCUUUUAAGAGAUUGUUGCACAAACAAGAUGGUACUAGGGCUGAGUGGGAAUACCCAUUUGCUGUGGCUGGCAUCAACUUAUCCUUUAUGUUGGCUCAGAUGCUGGAUCUUCAGUCAGGUAAGCCAUCCUCUUUGGCUAGCAUCAGGUUCUUAGAACUACUUCAAGAAGAUGAAAUGGCUUUCGAUAAUCUUUAUUGCGUAGCCUUUCAAAUGAUGGAUGCCCAAUGGCUAGCAAAGCGUGCGUCGUAUAUGGAAUUUAAUGAUGUCUUGAAAUCGACAAGAACACAGCUGGAGCGUGAGCUCUCUCUUGAAGAUGUUUCUAGCAUUAGGGACUUACCUGCAUACAAUCUGCUAAGGUUGUAAUUGUAACUGAGAUGUAUAUAUAUGAUAUCAAAUUAUCCCAUCUCAUGUUUGGUAUCUUCUUCA